AUGGGGUUCUGGCGGCAACACCUCCAGUCUUCCACAGGUUUAUCCAAUAGAUCUACCGGCGUUGGGGCACUGCAACCCAUUCCACAGCAGCAACUUACUUUACCUCUGAUUCCUUCCAGGCUUUGCUUCUCCUUCGUCGACCGGCCGACCUACUGCGCCGGGAGCAAUUCCCUCGGUCACGGCGGCGUAGCGUUCAGGUACUUUAGACCUUUACUCUUUCACUUUACGUUCGCGAGUUUCAAUGGCGGAACAUGUUUAGUGUCGACGUCCGAGAAAUUUUCUUUUGAUGGUCUUUGA